AAACGCACUCUGGUUUUGAACCACGGUGUGACUCACAUCAUUAACAUGUGGAUGUUCUGAACAGUCGUUCAUUUAGAUGAGUUAAAAACAUGUCUUGUAAAGUCGCAAAAGCGGAUUUUUUGGAGUUUAGUCCAACAUUUGAUUCUCAUUGUAAUCGCGAUAAGCCGGGCAAGGAAAACAACACUUCAGUUCCUGUGCUGAGUUUACUUCAGUUCUCAUCGUCUCCUUUCGUGUCAUUUGGGACGAUCAAGUUGGGAGCAUCAAAAUCUUUGCCUUUACGAAUCGAAAAUCCCACUGAGGAUGCAACGACGACCGUCAUUGUGGAAAAAAUUGCAGCAUCCAAAGGCUUUUCUGUGGAUCACACGUCUUUUACAAUACAACCUGAAGGCAACUUUAUUUUAACUGUCACUUGGACACCGGUGGAAGAAGGCGGGGUUCGAGAACUCCUCAGCUUUGUUGCAAAUGGAAUUGUCAAACACCAGGCAAUUUUGCUCGGGAAAGCAGAGGCGAAAAAGAAGAAAAAGAAAACCUUAUGGGAUUCAAUUAAAUCCAAGAAGGGUGUCCCGGCACCCUCAAAAGAGAGGAAAGAGUCUUCAAUGCCAAUGAAGUCUUCAAAUAAGACAUUUCAUGUCUCACGCCAGUCGCUGUACAGAAAAGAGAGAAAAUCCAACCCACUGUCGCCAUUAAACCAAGAAUGGUCUGCCAAAGGGUCCAAUGCCAUUAGGAUGAAUGCACCAUACUCCACUCCUGAGAUGUCAAAGCCAGUUUUUGUGACUGAAAAGUUUGAUGAUAUGCAUUUGCAAAAGAACUCGCCAGUGGUCGUCUUAGUACCAGCAGAGAGAUUUUUGGAUACACCUGGUAACCAGGCUAUGCCUUUUUCACGUAAAGCCGAGUGCAAAGAAAUCACAAGGGUUUUGAAUAAAACACUCUCUCCUGCAAGCACCCCAGAGAGGUUUGGAAAUCAGUUGUCUUUGUGCCUUCAGAGUCCACUUCCUGUGAUUGGACAAUUUGCACAAGAUCAAAGUCGUGAGCCAGAGAAACCUUCUUUGUCUUUAAAAGGCACUCUGGAUGUUACAGGAUCAGAUCUGUCACGUGCGAUGAGUCCUCCUAAUGCUUGCUCAAGCUUUGAUUUUUCGGAUUCUCUCGAGUCUGAAAAAACGGAUCCUGAAAGAACAUUUCAUGCGACAGCAGUCAUUUCACCACCAGUUGAAGUCGCUCACCCAAGGAUGACUUUCUGUGUGAAACCCAACAAAGUCAUAAGCGUUGAAUCAAAUCAUGAUGCAUGUAGGCUCAAGGCGUUACCUUUUAGCACCACCACAGUGACCAAGUUGAGCAAAGUGGGUGAUGCCCUUGUUCCCGAUGGCCCCAAGAAGUUUCCUGUGAAUUCUACCACAGUGACCAAAGGCAAACCAGAAGCCUCUGUUGAGAGUCCAGGCUUGCGUAAGAAGAAAACCUCCAGACGCAGGCUCUUGCAGAAGACCUUGGAGCUCUCAGAAGCUAGUGAUGCAGAAUCAAACACAAGUUCUCCUGACAGUGCUUUACCUAUCAUCAGCUCUGAUUCAAGUCCAGAUGUGGCACUAGAGUCCAAAUGUUCUGUAACUUCAAUGCGGGUUACAAAAGAGAAGCCAACCUCAAAGUUACCCCCUCCUGAACAGCUUUUGUCCUCUAUAUCUCCCAUUCGACCUCAAGUUUUGACCACGGUUAGUAGCAGUCCAUCAAGUGGUCUGGAGUUGGCAUCUGGUAAUUUGGUCUUUGACAAAGUGCAAUCAGGUCUUUAUCAAGACCAGUUUCCUGUGCAAAGCAGUCAAAAGAGAAAGAGUGAUGAGUGUUUGAGAGGUCAGUCAGAAGACGAAACAAACAUCCAAGCAAAAAAGUGCCGUGCACCAGCACAUGCGACAGAGAGACCAAGCAAUGAAAGAACAUUCACUUCAAGGUCCACAUCUGGACAGCAACACAAAGCUAUAGCUCCACCAAGCUCAAGAAAGUUCACAAAACCUCCACCAAAGAAAUCCUCUCUAAAAACGACUCAAAAAGAUGGCUGGUCUGUGAAGUCACUGAGCAGCUCGAGUCGAAAGCCUGCAAGGAUCGUGGCUGUAGCACAGGCCAAACUGACCUUUAUGAAGCCGUCACAGACUGCCAUACCAAGGCAUCCUCUGCCAUUUGCUGCAAAGAACAUGUUUUAUGAUGAGCGAUGGAUUGAGAAGCAGGAGCGGGGCUUCACCUGGUGGAUGAAUUAUGUUCUCACUCCUGAUGAUUUCAAAGUUGCUACUCAAGUUACCGAAGUGAAUGCCUUAUCAUUAACUAUGGGGAACGAAAAAUUCAAUAUACCUAAAGCACCAACCAAAGAAGAGAUGUCUUUUAGAACCUACACAGCCCGUCAACGGAUAAACCGCCUUCGGCGAGCAGCUUGCAAGCUUUUUACGUCAGACACCAUGGUGAAGGCCAUCCAGAAACUGGAGCUGGAAGUAGAAGCCAAGAGACUCCUUGUGCGAAAGGACCGACAUCUCUGGAAAGACAUAGGUGAGCGUCAGAAAGUUCUCAACUGGCUGAUAUCAUACAAUCCACUUUGGCUGCGAAUCGGACUUGAGACAAUCUAUGGAGAGCUAAUAUCACUUGAAAGCAACAGUGAUGUCAUGGGACUGGCCAUGUUUAUUCUUGGACGUCUCCUGUGGAACCCAGACUUAGCUGCUGAGUUCAGACACCCCAAAGUGCUCAAUUUGUACAGAGAUGGGCACGAAGAGGCGCUCUCUCGCUUCACUCUAAAGAAACUAAUCCUGCUGGUCUGCUUUCUGGAUAAAGCCAAAGAGUCCAGACUGAUCGAACAUGAUCCAUGUUUGUUCUGCAUGGAUGCUGAAUUUAAGUCAAGCAAAGAUCUGUUACUGGCAUUUUCUCGGGACUUCCUCAGCGGUGAAGGCAUUUUGUCACGGCACCUCAGCCACUUGGGCCUAGCUGUAUCCCACGUUCAGACCCCUCUGGAUGAGUUCAACUUUGCUGUGAAGAAUCUUGCUGUUGAUUUGAGAUGUGGAAUCCGUUUGGUACGGGUCAUGGAGCUCUUCACACUGGACUGGACUUUGUCUCGAAAUCUGCGGAUACCCGCUAUUAGCCGCUUACAGAAAGUGCACAAUGUUGAUGUUGCACUACAAGUUCUGAAAAACAAAGGUGUUGACCUUAAAGAUGAGCAUGGAGUGACCAUUGACUCCAGAGACAUUGUGGAUGGACACAGGGAAAAGACCCUAAACCUUCUGUGGAAAAUCAUAUUUGCCUUCCAGGUGGAAGUGCUACUUGAUGAGAAUCAGCUCAAAGAGGAAAUCAGUUUCCUCAGGAAAACAUGGAGAACUAAACAGAAGCUGGCCUCAGUAAUGGGUAACCGUGGGGUUGCAGUGACAAAGAUGAAGUCAAGACAAGCAUUUGAACAUCCAAGCCAAAAAGUGACACUGCUCAUGGACUGGGUUAAUGCUGUUUGUGAGUUCUACAACAUAAAGGCUGAAAAUUUCACGGUGUCAUUCUCAGAUGGCCGUAUCCUGUGCUACCUCAUUCAUCAUUACCAUCCUGGUCAUCUCCCUGCAGAAGAGAUUCAACAGAGAACGACGCAGACCGUUGAAUGUGGCAAUCGUGGCAGAGUUGAGCUCAAUAACUCCUCGACUGACUCAGACUGCUCUUUUGAAAAUUUGCCCACAAUUCAAUCUGAAUCCCCGUCAGUGGACUUCAAAGAGCUACUUGAGAAAGAGAGAAGUAACUUCCAGUUGGUGAACACCGCCGUGUCUUAUCUUGGAGGGGUGCCUUCUAUGAUAAAUCCAGAAGAUAUGUCCAACACUAUCCCAAAUGAAAAGGUUGUCACAUGCUACCUCUCCUUCCUCUGUGCCCGUCUUUUGGAUCUCCGCAAUGAAACAAAAGCAGCCCGGGUCAUCCAGGGUGCAUGGCGGAGAUACAAGCUACAGAAGAACAUCGAGCUUAUUCAGCAAAGGAACCUGGCUGCCACUAAAAUUCAAGCCCUUGUGCGGAAGUUCAUCUUGAGAAGAAGAAUGAUCCGACAGAAUAAAGCAGCCAUCAUGAUCCAAACAUUCUGGAGAGGAUACCUUGCACGGGAAAAAUUGAGAGUGCUGAAAAAAGAGAAACGGUUUGCUCUUCAAAAUGCAGCUGCAACUGUAAUUCAGAAAACAUACAAAGCUUGGAGGAUUCAAAAUCUCCUAAAGAAAAACUGUGGUGCUUCUGUAAUCCAAGCAGCUUUCCGGAAGUGGCAUGCAAAGAAAUUGCUUGAAAGAAAUGCUGCUGCCUCGGUGGCUCAGCGCCACCAAGCUGCAUGUCUGAUUCAAACUGCUUUCAAGCGGUUUAUUGCUCAAAGGCACUAUUUACAUUUAAAAAGAUCGGCCAUUGUCCUGCAACAGAGAUACAGAGCAAAAGUACUUGGAGAGAAAUUACAACAAGAGUAUAUGGCUCUUAAACUCGCUUCAUUGACAAUUCAAGCAAUUUGGCGAGGACGAGCUGAGAGGAAAAAAAUAAGUAAACUCCACAGAUUUGCCGUAAUCAUUCAGACCAACUACCGUAGAUAUGCAGCACAGACACGGUUUUUGGAAAUGAAACAGGCUGCCGUAUUCAUUCAAAGAAAAUACAGAGCCUUCAGAGAUGGACGGAGGGUCUAUGCAGAAUACACUGAAAUUAAAAGAGCGACCAUUGUGCUACAAAGUGCUUAUCGUGGCAAUAGAGCAAGACAAGAACUGCAGAAGAAAAACAAAGCAGCAACUUUGAUUCAGUCUGUCAUAAGAGCACAUAGGUGCCGUCAGAAGUUUUUAGCUCUAAAACAUGCUGCUAUUGUCAUUCAGCAACGCCAUCGGGCUUUGGCAUUUGGACUGUUGGAAAGAAACCAUUAUGUCAAUUUAAGGCAGGCAACUAUAACUCUACAAGCCAUAUAUCGGGGUUCCAAAGUGAAGCAAAAUCUUAGACAAAAGCAUCAAGCUGCUACCAUCAUUCAAGCUCAAUUCCGAAUGCAUAAGGUACGUGUUGCCUUUAUUGCUGCAAAGUGCGCAGCUAUCAUAAUACAGCAGCAAUACAGAGCCUACAGAGUUGGCAAAUGCAUACAAGCUACUUACCUGCAAACGAAAAAUGCCUCUGUAGUCAUUCAGUCAGCAUUUAGGGGAAUGAGAGUUCGCAACUACUUAAGAAAAUCUCACCAAGCUGCGACAGUGAUUCAGGCUCAUUUCCGUGGACAUUCCCAACUCAAGAAGUACCAAAGACAACAGUGGGCCGUAUCCAUUUUACAGCAGCGAUUCAGGGCAAUGAUGACUAGAAAUGCUGUUAUGAAGAGAGAUGCAGCCAUGAAAACAGCAGCCAUAUGUAUCCAGUCAGCUUUCCGUGGAAUGAUGGUGAGAAAGCAGAUUUCAGAAAAGCACAAUUCUGCAAAAAUUAUCCAGAAGACAUAUAGAGCAUACAAGCAACGCCGUGAUUACCUUGCUCUCAGAAAUGCCACUAUUCGUGUUCAGCAACAGUAUAGAGCAAUUGUAAGUGCAAGGCAGCAACGUAAAAGGUUUUGCUCCUUGAGAGCAGCUGCCAUCACUUUGCAGUCUAUGUACCGAGGGAUGAGGGUAAGGAAAGAGUUUGAAAGAAAGCAUAAAGCGGCCACUGUGAUUCAGGCAAUGUACAAAAUGUACAGAACUCGAGUGCCAUUCCAAGCUAUGAAACUGGCUGCAUUGGUCAUACAGAGGAAAUACAGGCGCCAUCUACUGAGAAAAGAGGCAAGAGAGAACUUUUUGGAGCUACGGCGUAGUGCAAUUGCAAUUCAGGCAAUUUACAGAGGGAACCGUACACGCCGGGACAUUGCUAGAAUGAAUUUUGCAGCCAGAGUCAUUCAACGGAAGUACCUUGCCUACAAACAGAGAAAGUGCUUCUUGUCCAUCAGAGCUGCUGUUGAAUGCUGUCAGCGACAGUAUCGAUCCCUUUUGGUUGCAAGGCGUGAUCGGAGAGAUUAUUUUGCUAAACGCCGAGCUGUUGUUGCAAUCCAAGCAACUUUCAGAGGAAUGCAGGUCCGGCGACAGAUCCGAAGAGAGCACGAAGCUGCAACAAUCAUUCAGUCCCAUGUGAGAAAACACAUUCUCAAGUUGCGCUUCCAGCGACUUCGGCGGGCAGUCUGUACUGUUCAGCAGCGAUUCAGAGCUAACAAAAUUAUGAAACGAGAGAUGGCGGCACUGCAGGAACAGAAGAGUGCUGCCUUGAUUCUGCAAGCAGCCUAUCGUGGCAUGAAGUCCAGACAGACUUUGAAGCAAAUGCGCCAGGCCGCCACCAUCUUUCAGGCAACUUUCAGAGCUUAUAGUGCUCGCAAACGGUAUUUAGCCAUGAGACACGCUGCCAUUGUCAUUCAGCAAAGAUACCGUGCCACAAAAGUAGCGAAACGGCAAAGAAACCAUUUUCUUGAAAUGUGCCAAAGUGCACUUGUUGUUCAGGCAUAUUAUAGAGGGCUUAAAGUUCGAAGGAAACUACUACAACAGCGUCAAGCAGCUGUCUUGAUUCAGUCUCGUUUUAGGAGACACAAAGAGAUGGUUAAGUACCAGGCCAUAAGGUUGUCAGCUAUCAUUAUCCAGAAACAUUACAGGUCAUACACCCAGGCUAGAGCAGAUCGUGAGAAAUAUCUACAAUUAAGAAAGUCAGCCAUGGUCAUUCAAGCAGCUUUUAGAGGACACUCUCUAAGGAGACAAUUGGCUGAAAAGCAAAAAGCAUCCAUCAUCAUACAGGCUGCUUUCCGGAUGUACCAGCAGAGGUCAACAUUUAAGAGAAAGCGCUGGGCAGCCAUGAUUCUCCAACAAAGAUUUAGAGCCCUGAAACUCAGAGAUGAGCAGAUGUGUAGAUACCUGCUGGUAAGAAAUGCUGCAGUAUGCCUGCAGAAGUCUUUCAGAGGGAUGAAGGGGAGAAAACUGGCCAGACGGACGAAAGCCGCAAGAACCAUCCAGUCCUACCUAAAGAUGGCUGUCCAACGACAGUGUUUCUUGAAAGAAAAGGCUGCAGCAAUCAAGAUUCAGUCUGCGUACAGGGGCCAUUGUGCCAGAGUUCAGCAUGCCAGGAUGCAAGCAAGUGCAACACUCAUCCAAAAGUGGUACAGAUCAUGUAAACUGGCCCAUAAAGAUCGAAAUGGUUUUGUUGCUCUUAAGCAAGCUACAAUUACGUUGCAAUCUGCAUUGCGCGGAAUGCUAGUGAGGAGGCAUGCAAAAAGAAGGCAGGCUGCAAUAAAGAUUCAGUCUGUUAUGCGCAUGCAUGUCCACCGCAAGCGCUACGUGUUGCUCCGCUCAAGUGUCCUGAAGUUGCAAGCUCAUUACAGAAUGUUUGUGGACCGGAGAAGAUACAGCAGGUUGCAAGGUGCAACUGUUACUCUCCAAAGGCAUUACAGAGCUCAUAGGGCAGCAGUGGAGCAGAGGAGCAGUUAUCUGAAGAUGCUCCAGAACAUAAAAAUCCUUCAGGCCAGAGUGCGUGGACACAUUGAGUACAGAAGAUUUCAGAGAUUGCGUGCAAGUGCCAUCACAAUUCAGACACAUUAUCGGGGGAUGAUUGAAAGAUGCAGGUUUCAGCAUCUCAGGGAAUCUGUUUUGGUCAUACAGAAGCAUUACAGAGCUUUUCGCCUCUGCCAGAGAGAGCGUGCACAGUUUCUUCAACUGCAGAAGUCAGCUGUUGUGAUACAAAGAGCAUUUCGGGCUUAUCAAGAAAGACAACAUGCUGUGCGAGCACAAGCUGCCCGGAAAAUUCAGGCCUGGUUCCGAGGACGAAUAGCUAGACGAAACUACAUUUUAAAACAAGCUGCUGUUGCAACCAUUAGUCGAUGUAUUCAAGCAAAACGGCAACGGUCAAGAUUUCUAGCAGUCCAGCACAGUGUCCGAGUCAUUCAGAAAAGAUGGAGGGAAACCCUAAUCGCCAGAAAACAGCAUGCGGACUUCCUGAGGUUUAGAAAGUCUGUUCUAUACAUUCAGGCAUUGUGGAGAGGUCAAAGAGUGAGAGAUUCCAUUCAAAAGCAAAUAACAGCUGCUGUGAAGAUACAGUCAGCUUUCAGAUGCUUUAGCCAAAGACGUCGAUACCGCCAACAGAGAGAUGCUGCCAUAACUCUACAGCGCCAUUUCCGAUUUUUACGGCUGGCCAGAAUUAAAGAAGAAAAUCUAAGACAACGACACAAUGCCGCGGUCUGUCUUCAGGCUAUGUGGCGUGGUUGGCUUGCGAGACAACAGGUAAAAGAAAUGGCUUGUGCUAAGAGACGCCACCGUUUCACAGCUGCUGUUUACCAUCAUCUCUGCGCAAUAAGGAUUCAGAGAGCUGUGCGAGCACACUGGAUACUUAUAUCCGCCAAGAGGAAGAUCUCUUCAGUCCUAUACAUCCAGCAAUGUUUUAGGGCAAAGCUGCAAAGAAAGAGAUAUCUUAAAGACAGAGAACACAUCAUCAAGACGCAGAGGGCAGUGAGAACUUGGUUACAUCAUCGCAACAAAGCUGCUGCUACUAUCCAGCAUGCAUUUAGGAAGUUCCUUCUGAGACGCCGCAAGGAGAGGAUACAACGUGGAAUAAUAAAAGCGCAGGCGCUCUGGAGGGGUCAUCGUUCAAGAACACAUCAUGACACAAGCAAAGUCAUCUCCAUGAGGCGCCGUCUCAGGGAAGUAAAUCGAGGGGUGAAGGAAGAGGACAAGCUGUGUAACAAGACUACAACAGCACUGAGCUACCUGCUUGGACUUCAAAAUUAUGCGUACAUUCUUGCAGCCUUGAAACAUUUGGAAACCGCCACAAGACUUUCUCCAGAGUGCUGUGAACGUCUUGUUGAAAGUGGAGCAACACACACCAUCUUCACUCUGAUAAGGAGCUGCAACAGAAGUGUGCCUUCAAUGGAGAUCAUCACAUUAUCCAUCCAAGUUCUUCUCAACUUAUCAAAGUACAACAGAACCAUUGAUGCAGUUUAUGAUGUAGACAACUCUGUAGAAACCCUCCUGGAUCUUCUGCAGAUCUACCGGGAGAAGGCCGGAGAUAAGGUUGCAGAAAAAGGUGGCAGCAUCUUUACCAAGGCUUGUUUUCUCUUGGUCCUCUUAGUCCAGGAUGAAAGGAGAGCAAUGGAGAUUCGAAAACUUCCAAAGGUUUCGGAUCGCAUUCGCAGCAUCUGCCGACUUACGCUUCGAAAGUGCAAGAUGGAUGCUGAGAGAAACAAAGUCAAGCAGAAAAUGAACACCUCUCUCAAUGGAAGCUUCCUCCUCCAAGCCACACCUCGAAAAUCAAAACCUGUGGCCAGGUUUGCUCCCGACUGGGUUCUACGGCGUGACAAGUUGAAGGACAUCGUGGAUCCUCUUCGGGCCAUUCAGAUGCUGGCUAACGCUCUGGCUAUUGUGCCUUGAAAAUAUUGUGGCAAGGAAAAGUCUAUAAACCUUUGCACUGCCAAAGUGUUGCUCAGAACUGUGCUCCUUUGUAAAUAUUGUUUAUAUUUGUACUUUGUAUAUUUUUAAUACUUUGUUUUAUCAAAAUGUUGUGGGUGACUUUUUAUUGGAGCAUAUUGGGGUCUGUGCUAAAAGAUGACCUGUUGGCUCUAAGAUUCUGUAAAUACAAAUGCAGGUUGGAAUUGAUUUAUUUUAAAGUGAUUGAAUUGAAUAUUAAAAAGAACCACAGCUUCUGUUCUGGUUAAAAAAAAAGUUAUUAAAUGAAAUAACACUUAAAACAA